UGGGAAAGGAUAGGAAUAUAAGGUUUUAAAAUCUGUUACGAAUCCCAGUGCUUUACUGCUUCACACAUGCAUGUGCAUCACUUGAUUAUUUUUUCAUUGCUUGGUUGUUCAUCUCAUGAUGAUUGGCAGCUGAAUGGGAGAAUGGAUUCAGUUGAGCAUCACAUCUGAGGUGAUAUGCAAGUUCUAUGCAAGUUCUAACCAGCGGUCCCUCUAAUUUUUUUUCAUCUCGGUGCGGAAUGAGUUUUGUUCUGGGCGGCAGUAUCAAGGCACUGUGUUCCCACAUGCAUUCAGAGUGGGGCCUUCCUGAUUCAACCUGAGUGGCAUCUAAAGUUAACUGAGUGGACAUCAGAAAACUUGACUGGCAUGCUGUGAACGAUGAAACCAUCUUGGAGGACGAAAGUCAAGACUAUGAGUUGCUGUCAAUGACCCAGGAUGAGAUUUCCACCACCAUGAGAUUCAGGCGAUAUUUACGGACAUGUGAUAAAAAUGACCUGGAGAUCACGGGUGACACUCUACGACUGAUUACUGGUUUUGGCACAGAUGAUACAAUUGACUUCUUCAAAGGAACAAUUGCCCACAAGUCUCUCUUUUUGAAGCUGGUAUAUAAUGAAGAUGAAAUGCAUACACCUAGCGUCUAUCAUGUGUAUGAUCUGAAGCUAGAUGAUUUCCCCAUCCCAGAGGAUGAGACCACCUAUGCCUGCACGUUCAUCCCAUUGCCCAUAGUCAAGACUAAACAUCACAUCUACAAGUUUGAGCCCAUGAUCACACCCAGGAAUGAAAGCAUGGUUCAUCACAUUCUGGUUUAUGCCUGUGGCAAUGCAAGCGUGCUGCCCACUGGUGUCAGUGACUGCUACGGAGCUGAUCCCGAUUUUGCCCUGUGCUCCCAGAUUGUUGUGGGUUGGGCUGUAGGAGGAGGGUCCUACAUGUUUCCCGAUGAAACUGGAGUCUCCAUAGGUACACCGUUGGAUGCACAGUGGAUCCGGUUAGAAGUCCACUACAGCAAUUUUGAUUUAAUUCCAAACCUAAUUGACAACUCAGGGAUACGACUCUACUAUACUCCGGAGCUGCGUCCAUAUGACAUGGGGGUGCUACAGACUGGAGUCUUCACCUUUCCUAUCCAUUUCCUUCCACCUGGAGCAGAUUCUUUCAAUUCCUACGGGGUCUGCAAUACCAGUCAGUUUCAUGAGAUGAAUGGGACUCCAGUGCCCGAUAUGAAUGUCUUUGGCUUCUUGCUGCACACUCACUUGGCUGGAAGAGGAGUGAGAGGCGUCCACUAUCGGAAUGGAAAGCAGUUGGGAAUCCUCUGUGAAGACAAUAAAUAUGAUUUCAAUCUCCAGGAGACAAGAGGGUUGAAGAACGUCAUUGUUUUCAAGCCUGGAGAUGAGUUCCUGGUGGAAUGCCGUUACCAAACUUUGGAUCGGAGAGAACUGACCUUUGGAGGGCCAAGUACCUUGAAUGAAAUGUGUCUGGCAUUUCUCUUCUACUACCCACGCAACAACAUCUCCAGCUGCAUGGGAUAUCCCAAUAUUCAACAUGUUGCCCAAGAACUAGGUCAGGAAGCUGCAGAUGCCAUGGAAGGAAUGAUGGCCAUUAACAUGGUGGAAUGGAACAACGUUAGCAUCAAGAAAGCAGAGAAGGCAUGCAAGGAGGCAGAUCAGAUUAUCCUCAUUAAAACAAUUGAUGAGCUGGUGAGAAAUGAAACGGGCUUCGUUCGAGAUAUUAUUGACACUGAGACACCCCCCUGCAAGGACAUGUCCAGAAAUACACCUGCGCCUCCACCACCAGAAAGGCAUGCCAGGUACCUGGCAGCGACCACGGUGGCUUCCAAAGCUCCCAGUGCAAAGAGCAACUGGCCACUCUCUGCCCUGCUCUUCAGCCACUUGGGCUUUACUUGGCUUCUUACCUCUCCUCUGGGUAGACUCUGAGCAUGAGAUACCAGUUAGCGCUUGUAGGCUCUCAUUAACAUAGGGAAGCUUUGGUGGCUGCUGUCACACCAUUACCUUUCUUAGAUCUCAGUGGCAUGGUGGAAUGGGAAUUUCUUCCCUGUCAUAUUUUCAGGGCUGUGCAAAUAAAGGCAGUGAUGUAGUUGCAAAUUCAGAAGUGCAGGCGCUCUCCAUGGCAGCCCCCAUUGCCACACCUAACCCGACAGCCGCGCUCCAUGGCCAUGCCCAUCCUGAUGGCCAUGCCCCUCACUUAGAUAGAUGCAACAACUUGGAGGGUUCUGCUUCAAGAA